CGAGAGAUGCUGCCAAACACACCCAGCUUUCGUCACCUAAGCGCUAAUAGGGAGACGCCGAAAAGAGGAGAGGAGCAGCCAAGCCUUCAGCAAAGAUGUGGCGUAGCAGCGGCUGACAGCGUAUACUGCAGGUGACUGUGAUGGCAGGGUCCAAGAUGUCUCUGCUGCUGCUUUUGAUGCUGGUCAUCUCGGUGAUGCUGACAGAAGCAAUCCAGGCUGGACCAGAGUUGGACCCCUACAAAAUCCUGGGAGUGACCAAGAGUGCGAGUCAGGCUGAAAUCAAGAAGGUCUACAAGCGACUUGCAAAAGAAUGGCAUCCUGACAAAAAUAAAAACCCAGGGGCAGAAGACAUGUUCAUCAAGAUCACUAAAUCCUAUGAGAUCCUUUCCAGUGAAGACAAACGAGCAAAUUAUGACCUCUAUGGGCAGACGGAUGACACUCAGCCGUAUAGCAGCAGUCGAUACAGCGCUCGCCAAGACAACUUUCACUUCGACGAGUCUUUCUUCAACUUUCCCUUUAACAACAAGAAUCAGAGGGACUUUGCCGACGGCAAAUAUACGCUGCACUUUAACCAGUAUGUGAACGAUGUGGUGCCUGACAGCUACAGGAGACCCUACCUGAUAAAGAUCACGUCUGACUGGUGCUUCAGCUGCAUCCACAUAGAACCUGUCUGGAAGGAGGUGGUGCAAGAGAUGGAGAUACUCGGUGUUGGUGUCGGUGUUGUAGAUGUUGGCUAUGAGAGAAGAUUAGCCAAUCACUUGGGUGCUCAUCGAACUCCAUCCAUCCUUGGCGUCAUCAAUGGCAAAGUGACAUUUUUCCACUUUGCAGUCGCAAGAGAGCAUCUGAAGCAGUUUGUAGAAGAUCUUCUCCCUCAGAGGCUGGUGGAGCGGGUCACUGACAAGAACGACCAGCAGUUCCUGAACAGAUGGCACGAGCUCAACAAGCCUCAUGUGCUUCUGUUUGACCAAGUGUCUGUGGUUCCUCUUCUCUACAAACUGACAGCCUUUGCCUAUAAGGACUACCUGCAGUUUGGGUAUGUGGACCAGGGUCUCUCAGAGACCGUUAACCUGCAGAAACAGUUCAACAUCAACACUUACGCUCCAACCAUGCUGGUCUUUAAAGAGAACACGGAAAAACCUGCUGAUAUAAUACAGGCCAAGGGAAUGAAAAAGCAAAUUAUUGAUGAGUUCAUGUCGAACAACAAGUUCCUUCUUGCACCACGUUUGGUCAACCAGAAGCUCUUCGACGAGCUGUGUCCAGUCAAACAGUUCCACAGAAGGAGAAAAUUUUGCGUCCUGCUGAUUACACGUGACGAAGAGGUCUUUUCAUCAGGGAACCAGGCGUUCCUGUCGUUUGCUUCCUCAAAUACAAAAGAAGUUGUCAGGUUUGCGUACGUGUACCCGCGGCUGCAGCAACCACUGUGCGACAUCCUCAUACAAAACAAGGACAGCACACAAUCGGCGCCACAGGUGGUGAUCCUGGAGAGACGGAACUCUGCAGGAAAGGCCUUGUUUAAGCCGGUGACCAUGUGGAAUGGCAGUGAGGAAGACAGGCAGCUCCUAAGGGAGGAGCUGCAACGGCUUCAGAAGGACCCAUCCAUCCUCAUCCAUGAUGCCAUGCUGCCAGAACUCAACAAUGAGUUUGCCUCUAUGUUUGUAAUCCGAUGGAUCUACGCAUCAUACGAUUACCUCACAGAGGUCAUUGAUGACAUCCUUCAUAACAACUGGCGUGAGAUGAUGCCUCUUCUGUCCCUCAUCUUCUCAGCCUUGUUCAUCUUGUUUGGAACUGUGGUCGUUCAGGCAUUCAGUGACUCCAGUGAAGAUAAGCAGACAAAACCAAAGGCAAAAGCAGAAAACGGAUCACCGGACUCCAGUGCUUCGAGUCGGCCUCCCAAGAAGAAUUUUGUGGAGGUGACAGAGUUGACGGACAUCACUUACCUGAGUAACCUGGUGAAGCUGAGGCCUGGACACAUGAACAUCGUGCUUGUUCUCACUGAUGCCUCCAAGAACGUCCUCUUGAGCAAAUUUGCCAAAGAGGUUUACUCUUUCACGGGGAGUCUGACACUGCAUUUCUCCUUCCUGAACAUGGACAAGCACAGCCAGUGGAUGAACACGCUCAUGGAAUACGCCCACGAUGCCUUGCAGACCGAUGCGGACGAGGAUGACUUUGGAAACCCCAGGGUGGACUACACAGGGUACGUGUUGGCACUUAAUGGCCACAAAAAGUACCUGUGUCUGUUCAAACCUGUCUACACUGGAGACGACCUCGAAGGUAAGUCAUCUGAGGACGAAGGAGCAACCUCAGGAGGCAGAUCAAGGUCCAGGUCUAGGUCCAGGUCUCGUGGCAGCCACCCUCCACGCAAAUCCAGCAAGUCUCGUAGCAUAUCCACACUGCAGGUCCACCACAAACUGGACCGUCUGGGUUUGUGGAUGGAGCGGCUCAUGGAGGGCACUCUGCCUCGUUACUACAUCCCAGCCUGGCCUGGACUGGAUAAAAUCACAUCCUUUAAGGAAAUGUUGGCAUAAGACUGUAGGUUUGGAUAACAAAUACAAACUUCAUCUCCUACUAACUCCUACUUACUCAAAAGUGAUUGCAUGCUGUUGAUGGUCUUAUUUACCCCGCGCUGCAGCUUCAGCCUAAGGAACAGAAAAACAAAACCACUAUGGACACAGGCUCUGUCAUAAAGACCAUCAGUCACAUUCAUUUACAGUGAAGGAAGCAGGGCGUAACACACAUGAAAACUGUGAACAGAGAUGCAUGUCUCUGACGUGACUCUUCACUUUUUAAAUAUAUAUAUAUAUAUAUUUAUAUAUAUGAUGUUCGAAUAUAAAUUCAUAUAUAAUAUCGAUUUAAAUUAUUAAAUCAGAUGAGCUAUCAAUUAUGAUUAAUCAUGAUCAUAAUUAAUCAUGAUUAAUGAAGGCACAUUGUCAUUCCUAUAUAUGACAAAAAAAAUGUUUGGUCUUUUGGUCGACACUUGUUUUUAUUUGUGGCGUAAUCAAAAUGUUUUGAUCAUUAUUAAAAUGCGAAUUUAUAUCUCAAAUCGCACAGUCGCAAAAAAUGAUUCAGAGUUGGUGGAUUUUAGUCAUCACUGUGCGUCUUAAUGGUGGCAUGCAGAACGGGUCCGUUUUUGUCAUUAUGACAGCCUAGUGUCUGUGUGUGUGUGUGUGUGUGUGUGUGUGUGUGUAUGCACGCACGCUUUUUAUCGGGAUCACAUGGGGUUUUGUUCAUGUUCUUCCUGAUCACUGAGGUUCAGGCGAACAUGUUAUAUAAAAGCUGUUGACAUGUUUUAUAAUACAGUACAGGUAUGAAUCAUUUAGUAUUUGUGGUCUGUUUAACCUCAGUUAGCAAGUAGCUGUAUGUAGCAAACAGAAAAAACAUGUUUUCAAUGUUUUUCCAAAUGUGAUAACAUGACAUUGUGUUAUCUUCAUUUAAUUAUAUAUGGUCAAAACAGUGUGUAGUGGUUUGGUUUAUUAUGUCCACAUUUCUGAAGGGUGGAGGAAUCAAAGGUCAAGCCAGGUCCAUGAUAUGACUGUGAGAUUAGUGAUUAGACCAGAUUAGACUUUGUACAUUUUUUAUUGAUAUGGCACACAGUCAAAUACCAGUAGGAAAAUAGGAUGAAACAAAAUCAACAUUUACAUGUGGACUGGGGCACCUGAAAAGGGGCAGGGGUUCUAGGGCACCCCAGUAAAACUAUAAUACUGACAUAAAAGAAUAUGACACUAAGUUAAAGAGGAAUGAGAGUCAAAAGUACCAUUGAAAUACAUAGUAUAGUAUGUAGUAUGUAAAAUAGCAUCAUAAGUUUUUGCCAGCUUCCAGGCUGGCCGUGGGGAGGUCUGUUAGAAACUUUUUUCUUGGGCCCCAGAUUCUCUAGCGGCACUAGGAUGUAUUUUAUGGAUAUCAUUAUAUGAGCAGCUGCAGUUUGAUGACUGUUACUGUAUGUGUAUGAAGUCAUGACUUCACAUAUUUAAGUACAAACUCUAUUUCAUUUAAACAGGUGCAAUUUUCAUUUGGUUAGUGGGUUAUUGAUUUAUUUCACUUUAAUGUUGUUAUGUCUGACUGCCGUGGGUUCACUGAGAGAAGGUGUCCACGCCUCUGCUGGGGCCUGCACUAAUUGCAUUUUUUCCUGCUAAAAGUUUAAGUUUAAUGUAAUUAUUGUAACGUUUUGAAGUAUUAUGUAAAUAUAUUACAUGCUUAUUAUGUUAAAAAUAAUAAUUUAUUAAGAGCUAUUAGACCCUGGAAGUUUGUCUUAUUUUCCAAGCCUAUAUCCAGAUGUUCAAUAUUUAUCUUUUAAAAUAUGAGAUGACAUUAUGGGGUCUCUCUCAUCUGCUCAUUUAGGACAAGACACAUCAGCUCCAUGUUUCUCUGUUGCCAUGGUAACUUUGAGUGACUCCAUUAGCAGCUCAUACCAAAAUAAGCAGAGAGCCCAACAGCCCUGGUUAAUCUUUACUGUUUACUCUAACAGAGAGAAAAUAAUACUCUUUGUUAUUCAUACAGAACUGACUGAAUUUUAACAUCACCAGUUAUGGGCCAUUUUAAAGUUACAGUGAUAAUUCCUGGUUCUUUACAGUGGUGGAGAUUUGAAAAGCGGCAGAGAAAAGAAGCACAGAUGUAUUUAAACAUUUACAUUUAAUAAAUUACAUUUAAAUCCCCUUUUCCUGGGACCACACAGGUUUAAUCACCCAUAGUUCUAGGUUCUGGCAUCACCCUUUUGUCAUUAGUACAUUUUAAACAGUCUGCUGUGAAAGCUUCCAGAAACAGGUGAUUAAAUGUAACUUUAAUCCUGUUUGUUUGCCUAUCCUUGUUUGCCUUGCAGAAAUGUUCUUUUGUGAAAUGAUUAAAUAAAAUAUAAGAAUUUGAUAUGUCGCUAAGCAGAGGGGCUGUUUCUGUUAUUAAUGGGGGUUUUUUAUUUUUGUUUUUUUUGGUCCGUUUUCCUGUCAGUUUGAAAAAAAGUGCAUUAUGAUGUAAUAAGUGAGUUUUUUUAAAUAGCGAACUGUUUAAUGCUAAGGGAUUAAUAUAAUGUGAUGAAGAAAAAAUAAUCCAAAAGAACCCCAUCUUACCCUCAAUUAUUAUACUACCUGCACUAGUCUCCAUUUCCUAUAAUUUAUUAUAAUACAUAUAUAAAAACAUUUCAACAAACUCCUGUGAACGGUUUCAACUUAAACAAACGAAUGUUGUUUGUAAAUUAUAUUUAACUUUAUUUGUCCAAUCUAAAAUGGACUCUGGACUCGCUUGAUUAGUUACGUUAUUAAAUGUGUUUGUUACUGUAGGCUCGUCUAUGUACCACUAGAGGGAGACAAUUAAUCCACUUUGUUCUUCCAAUGUGAUAUUCUUCACUCUAUCUGUACAUCUCUUCCGUUACGUUAAUAGUGGAUUUCGGGAAUGAACCGAGUCUGGACACUUUUUGUGGCUUGAUUUGAUAAAUACCGUAUAUGACGUUUUGAAUGUGUUCUUCUUUGCAUUUAUUUCUUACCAUGCAGCACACGUCGCUUUAUGCAAACGAGUUACAGUUAAGCUUCCCUCUGCGCAUGCUCUGACUCUGCUGUUCGUCUUCUUAUCUGUAAAUGGAUUGUUCAAAACAUUGUGUAGUGGUUUGGUUUAUUAUGUCAUAUCUGAAGGGUGGAUAGCAGAGAAAAAAGAGCUUGUUAUUCCAGAUUACAGAAUCUGAAGAACAACACGUGACUAAUUUUAUUUGCAGGGGAAGUUAAUUUCCAACUCUUGAUUCAAAAGGGCUUUAAUCCCACGAAGAUAAACUAGACAGUGGUGGUGAAUACUGUGGUAAAGAUCCUUCUCACUGGCUGUGAAUGUUACAAAGAUGAGUGGGUGAGACAGAAGGAAAAUGUCAGUAGCAGUUUAAUUUGAUCAAGGAUGCUAAUACUGUGUCAGUGCAGCAAUUUACAUCAAUGUACAUAAGGUUAAUAUAUUCUGGCCAUCCUGCCUUUGUUAGACUGUACAAAGUAUGAUCUUUACCUGCUUUUAAAAAGUGAUUUGUUUCAUUUCAAUUGAACAAAAUGCAGCAGAGAUCCAGAACCUAAUGAACCAAAUGUUGUCACCUCAGUUGUGUCUCUGUUUGAGAAACAAUUAAUUUUAAACCACAAAUAAAUAUAAAAUAAUUAAAAUACAUAUAUGUAUGGAAGGUGAAAAGAACAUGACACUACUAUUACAGCACUAAUUUAACCCCAAAAUACACAGUCUAUUGGACCUGAAUUAAAAAAAAAGACAUUUUUGUGGGCCCUGCCCCAGUGGUUGGACAUCCAUUCAACUUGUAAGCUUGGGCACAAUGCAACUUUAUUUCCAUGAAAUACUGUAAUUGGGAGAACUUUUAGGUCCUCCUGCACAGAAACAGUUCUUGAUGUUGACCUGGCACUGCUGAUGCAGUUCGCCUUCAUAACCACCACACACACACACACACACACACACACACACACACACACCGACUCACCAAUUACUGGAUUGAGGAUAAAAAGCAAGGACAGCAGGUUUCUAUUGUUGGCUUCCCUCCUCUCGGUGCAGCAGACUGGAAACCGUGCUCUCUAUUAUCUAAACUGGACAGCGAUGAAAAGCAACUCUGGGUGAUUUUCCACAGAUAAUUAGAAAAAUAUGCUCAUUAUGAACCAGCGUUCCCUCCAGUCAACCGUUGAAACCUGGACAGCAUGGACUUUAUCACUUCAUUUAUUCCAGCACAUUUCUGAUUAGCGGCUGAAUGGCUUAUUGUUUUGUGACUGGCAUAAAAGGCAUAAUGGCAUAAAGAAUCAAGAUGUUCCUGUUGGAAACUAUUCAAACUCACAACCAAUGCAUGGACUAAUUAAUCAGCCAAACAUCAAGUUUCAGCCACACGUUUUCAACUUUGGAUGUGGUGUAACAGAGAUUAGGACUGAGCUUGGACCUGUGUCUUUGGUACAUGGAGUUCCUGCUGCUUGCUCUGGAUUUGAAGAAUCAAAUCAAUAAAUAAAUAUACUAAGGCAGAUAUUAUGAAGUAUAUACAGUACUCAUGUGUCAGUUUUUCCAAGGGGCCACAAGGAAAAUGGGAAUGCUUUUGUGUCACAAUAUGACAAACUAUUGUGUUGUAUACGACAAACCCAGCCCUCUGCUGCAUGGUGCAGUACAUGCGUGUAAUCUGUACAUACAUCAAUGUGCACAGUGAAACACCAUAUCCUUCCUCCUCUCCUAGCUGCUCCCUCUAGAGUUGGCCUCAGUGGAUUACCUCCUUUCAUCUCAUGCAAUCCCUCUCCUCCUAGACUUCUUGAAUACUCUUCUUCACGCCAUCCUUCACUGCUUCCAUGAAUCUUCCACGCAGCCUUCCUUUUGUAUCUUUCUACUGCCUGAGAUCUUGUCUCCAACAUCUUAUCAUUUAUGUGUUUGUAGUUUAAUCAUUAUCUCUCCUCAGCAGCUGUGUGGCUUCUACUCUCUAACCUUAUCUCCGA